CAAUAUUAAACGACCAUUUACUUUCGACUCACAUGAAGAAUACUAUACAAUGCAGCAAAGAGCCAUUAAACAACUGGAAGAUUGCAGUUGGCGUUUAUUACUGAAAGGGCUACCUUUUGACGUAACUCAGCAGGAUAUUUUUACACUGUUUAAACAUACAGAUAGCAUAACGUCGAUUACAAUACUAACCAAAGGGAAUACACCCACCGGUAGUGCAAUUGUACGUUUCGCAUCUGAAAAUGAUGUUACCCGCGCUUUGAAAUCUUUAAAAGAACCAUUUAUUCGUAAAAGGAAAGUUGAAGCUACACUGGAUAUCACGGAUUUCUCUCAUCGUAUUCAGACUGUUCACAAACCUAUUGCCGUGGACAGAUUUAGGCUCCCCCGACGAUAUUUCUGAUCAUAU